AUGAUAGGCUCAAACUAUUCACCAAUGAGCUUCUUUCUUCGUACCAUUGUUCUUCUUCUCUUUUCCAUUUCAAAUUUAUUCAGUGCUUUUGCUUCUCGUACCAAGGAGUUGUGUCAUCCGGAUCAAAGAGAUGUGCUUCUCGAGCACAAGACGGAGUUCAAGAUUUGGAAGCCUGAUGGUUACCCGAUCGCUUGUUACCCGAAGAUGGAAUCAUGGGGCAACCGCAGCAGUGACUGUUGUAUCUGGGACGGUGUAACGUGCGAUAUUAAGUCCGGGAAGGUGAUCGGUCUUGACCUUAGUUGUAGCUUUCUUUAUGGUCGGCUCGAACCCAAUUCUAGUCUUUUUAGCCUGAAACAUCUCAAAAGUCUGAACCUUGCCUACAACAACUUCACUCUUUCUCCAAUCCCAGCUAAGUUCAAUAAUCUCAUGUUGUUAGAAACACUAAACCUCUCUGGUUCUUCACUAAAAGGUCAUAUCCCAAGAGAAAUUCUCCAACUCACCAAUUUGGUGUCUCUUGAUCUAUCCUUUUGUUUUUCUUUGUCCAUUGAAAACCCACCUUUAUUUCUCCAUGUACUUGCUCAAAACCUGAGGAACCUUACAGCCUUGGAUAUGAGCUUUGUAAACAUUUCCUCAGAAAUCCCCCACGAGUUUUCCUACAUGCACUCUCUAAGAUCUCUACAUCUUGAGGGAUGCAACCUCAUUGGAGAAUUUCCAAACAGUGUAUUCCUGAUACCAAACCUACAAUCCAUCAUAUUGUAUUUAAACCCAAACUUGAGAGGCAGCUUUCCUGUAUUUCAAAGAAACAGCUCUAUGCAAGUCUUAAGCCUUGGGGAAACAUCAUUUUCAGGUACUAUACAUGAUUCCAUUGGCAACCUUAAGCAUUUAGUUUCUUUGACACUUCAUUAUGCCAAUCUCUCUGGGAGGAUUCCAUCUUCACUUGGAGAACUUUCCAAUCUCUCAGUUUUCCGUCUUGCUUCAAAUCAUUUCAAUGGUGAGGUCCCAUCUUCAUUUGGCAAUCUAAAACAGUUAACCAGCUUAACUGUUGACUUUAAUCAGCUCACCGGAAAUUUUCCAUCUGCACUACUCAACUUAACCAACCUACGUCUUAUUCGUCUCGAUUCCAACCAGUUCACAGGUUCCCUCCCACCAAACAUGGGGCAACUCUCCAAAUUGGAAAGCUUUUACGCCAGUGAUAAUUUUCUUACUGGAGCAAUUCCUUCAUCCCUGUUCCAAAUCUCUUCAUUGACAGAAAUCCGUUUGGAGAAUAACCAAUUCAGUGAUAUUGUUAGAUUCGAGAAUAUCUCUCUAUCUAACUUACAAUAUCUAUUCCUUAGAUCAAACAAUUUCAGUAAUCGAGUUGACUUGAAUGUCUUCUCUUCUUUUAAAGAGCUAGAAGUACUAGCUCUUUCGGGCAUGCCUCUUUCAACAGCAAACAUCACUUAUGAUUCAGACUUUUCAUCAAAUAUCAAGUCUUUGUUCUUGUCAGGAUGCAAAAUCACUGAGUUUCCUAAAUCCAUAAGAGACCAUAGAAAUCUUCGUUCUCUCGAUCUUUCCAACAACAACAUCAAAGGUCAAGUGCCACCCUGGUUAUGGAGACUACAAGAGUUGCAAAUUCUGGAUCUUUCUCGCAACUCCCUAAGCGGUUUUGAUGGAUCCCUGCAAGUUGUACCAGGAAGUUACAUCCAUACACUAAAUCUAACGUCAAAUGCUUUCCAGGGGAGAAUCUUCAUCCCAUACACAUCUAUAACCUUCUUGUUUGCUUCGAGGAAUAACUUUACUGGAGAGAUACCUCGGUCUUUAUGUGGUAUACAACCCUCUCCUAACGUCAUAGAUCUAUCCAACAACAACUUCCACGGACCAAUUCCUCGGUGUUUAGGGACUCAUAUAAGCUCUCUUGCGGAUCUAAAUCUUCGUAACAAUAGCCUCAGCGGAAGUCUUCCUGAUAUGUUCAUGCAUGCUAAAAAGCUAAGGUACAUUGACGUCAGCCUCAACCGAUUGGAGGGAAAGCUUCCUGCUUCUCUUACCGCUUGUUCUGAUCUGGAAAUUCUGAAUAUGGAAACCAACCGAAUCAACGACACUUUCCCGUUCCAGUUGAGUUCCUUGCAGAAUCUAAAAGUUCUUGUUCUCCGAUCCAACAAGUUUCAUGGCAUGUUGCAUCACUCCAAUGGAGCUUGGUUUGGAUUUCCUCAGUUGAAAAUCAUUGAUGUAUGA